AUGUCAUCAGAAGGUUCUGAGGAUGAGGUUAAGACCGAGGUGGUGUUCGAAGCUCGGAUCGAGGAGAGUUCCGAAGAAGAACCCCCCAUGGAGGAAUGGUCGUCUUUAAUUAUUGAAGCACCUGAAGAAAAUAAGAAAAAAGCUCUUUACGAAGAAGGAUUAUAUGAUCCGGGUAGUGGUGAAAUAUGUGGCAAAUACAUUGCUAUGUCCCAGAGCUCAGUAUUAAGACACCCGUACUACAACUAUCCCGCCGUGACAGAUCCGGGUAUAAAAAAGGCUCUUUUAGCCACUGAACCACAGGUCAUUUAUUCAGAAGAUGGUCAGCAGCAGUACUUAGUUCUUUGCAAGGAAAUGAAUCAGUGCCCAGUUAAAUCAUUUCAUAGAGGUUUACUCACAGAUAGUAUAGACCUAAAGUAUUAUUGCGUCAAUCCAUUUGGUGUUCGUCCUAUGGCGAUUGCUUUACAGUACAACAAGAACGUGCAGUCUCUCAACUUAACUGACAAUUUUCUCAAUGACGAUGCUUGUUUUCAUCUAGGAGAAAUGUUUUUAUGCAACUCCACUCUCCAGGAGUUAAACUUAUCUGGUUGCAGGAUCGGUCCGACUGGUGCAAAACUACUGUUUUCUGGAUUACCAUUAAAUAAGAAACUACGAAUAUUAAAUUUAAGUAAGAACGCUAUCGGCGACGCAGGAGUUGAGCAUCUUGCAAAUGUAACUUUUCGUGGAAUUGGUGUUCUUCAAAUAAUAUUGAGUCAGAAUGAUAUCACAGGUAAAUCAAUGUCAACAUUGGCGGAAUCAUUGGAAACCCAUAAUAAAUUUACUCAUAUCGAUCUGUCCAGAAAUAAUCUAUUUGCACCUCCAAAUGGUGUUAUAAGUUUUCUUAAUCAAUUAGGAGAAAAUAAAAAUCUUCAAGAAUUAGACCUUUCGUGGAAUUCGCUGGCAGGACCACGGAUCGGAAAUGCUUUAAAGACUGUCAUGAGAUCACCUAAUUUGCGGGUUUUAAACCUAAAUAAUAACAGGUUUUCAGGGGAAGCAGUGGAGAGUUUUAUACCGGCACUUACUAAGGCAAAAAAAUUAAUCACCCUUAAUUUAUCUUACAACCCGCUGACACCAGAAGACGCCCUUGUUGUUCUUCAUAAAUUAAAGUCUAAUGCAGUAAAAGUCCAAAAUGUUCUGAUGGAAAACAUAUUUGUAAAUGGUGAAUUUUUAGUACUCUUGGACCACAUCAAAGCAAUGAAAACUAAAAAGAAUGUCGUUAUUACAUACGGUGGUGUGGUGUCAGCUUUUAAACCUAAAGGGCCCGAUAUGAGGGACUUGGUCCUCAAUCGAGCGGAAUAUUUAACUAAAAAACCCAAGAAGCGCUCUGACAUUGCUCUUAUAGUCUUGCAAAUUUUUAAGGAUAGCGAUUUCAAAGAGAUUAUGUCUGCAAAAGCAUUCGAAGAUGCUAUUGUUGCAACCGGUGCUCCACUAGAUGGCGAUCUUAUUGAUGAAAUUGUCAACGCAUUCGCCGGACCCAAAAGUGCUAAAACUAAGUUGAUAAAUCUGGGCCUGCUUGUUGACUUUAUAAAUAGGAAGUGGCCAGAAAGGAAAUUGCCACCUACUCCGCCACCCGAACCAGAGCCUGAACCGGAGCCAGAGCAAGAGCCACCUCCUCCUCCUGCACCCAAAAAAUCUAAGUCGAGGACAAAAUAA